AUGAAGAGAUCACUCGGGCACUACAAACUGGAAAGGCGGAGAAAUCUCGAGGAGUCUCGACUCUCCGUAUCGGCAGCGGAAUUCUCAGGCUCUCCAUUUCCAGAUUUGGAGCUCGAUCUGUCGGAGGAUGAUAUCGGAGAAACCGCGUAUGAGAUCUUCGUGGUAGCAUGCAGACACAAUGCACACAGUGCCCAAACUCAGGCUCCCAAGUCAAAGGCGGGAUUGCCCUCGGUCUCCUCUCUGACCGCUAAGGGCUUCAGAAAAGUCGAUGUGGCGAUGAAAUCCAAGAGAGAUCGACCGGUGCAUCCCGCGAGCAAGGGAAAGAAACCCCAUACAGCGGCCGAGAUAAUUGAAAGUAGAAUUAGAAAUGGCUUGCUGCGCGUUUUCACUCAUCAGUUUGGUAAGCCCGUCGAGUGCCUGAUAGUACCGCUGGAACUUUUGCAGAUUAUCGGGCCCUCAGAUUUUGUGAAUACCGCACACUACAGCCGAUGGAGACUGAUGCAGUUGCGAGUGUUAGAAGGUGGUUUGCUGAUCUAUCCUUCAAUUAGAAAGGAAAGUAGUGAUAAAAUUGUGGACCAGAGACUGCAAAAAAUGCUACAUGAUCCGAAACAUAGUUCCGUUGACACUAGCAAAAGUAGUGAAGAAAUGAGCCCCUUAAGAAUGGCUGCAUUGGCUAAAGCAGGACGAUCAGUCAGUGGGAAACACCCUAGUCCUCACCUACACUGGGCAGAUGGUUACCCCUUGAAUGUUAGUCUUUACCUGGCGCUCUUGUCAUCCGUCUUCGACACUUUGAAAGAAGGACAGGUAAUUGAAAAUCUGGGUAUUUUGGGUAUCAACCAGAUGCUACACGAUCUCUGCUUCAUGUGGAUGCUUUUCAGUCAGUUUGUUGCAACUGAACAACUCGCGGUCGGUCUGCUACAGGGUGCGGAACAUCUGAUGAAGGAAGCUCUCAAGACAGCCCUCACGAGCAUUCACUCGUGGGAAGAAAGAAGAUUAUUAGCUUACCGUGAGACAUUCCCAAAAAGAGAUGGCGGAGUCAUGGAAGCUUUGUUGUCGAUUGGACUCUUAGCAAGUAGAAUUCUAGCAGAUGAUGCCAACCAAGUAUCGCAGUGCAAACAAAAGGAAUUGUCGAAUUAUGAAAGUGAGAAGAUUAUGGAAACAACAGACACAAGAAGGAGGUCCUUCAAGAAUGGUGGUGUCUCUUGCCCACCGUUGAUGGUUCUAGCAGCAGAUAUCGGACAGCUUGCCGAGGAAGAAAGGCUGAGAUUCAGCCCCGUCCUAAAACAGUGGAAUGCAUACGCUGGAGGUAUAGCAGCUGCAACACUUCAUGCGUGCUUCGCUAGAGAGAUAAUGCAAUUAUUGAGUGAUCGUCAAACCAUCGGUCCAGAAGUACUUCAAAUUGCAGUCGAAGACGCUGUAGAUGCAGAGGAUGGUGGAAAGGGGCUGAUGCGCGAAAUGCAACCCUAUGAGUGCGAGACUACUAUUGAAAGGCUUUCAAAGGAUUGGCUUCAAAAUGGCCUGGCACACCUUUUAGAGUGGGUUGUCAGGAACAUCCAACACGAGGUAGUGGAGUGGAGCUCCAACGCAGCGGGCAAGGGAGUUGUUGAGGGUCAGGCUUUGAAGGUUGCGGAAAUGCAAGGUAUGGAUGUUGAAGUGCACAUCAUGGUUCCAAGGAGGAUAGCUGCAUCUGUGUUGCUAGCGUGUGGCGUCCGCAAGUGGAUAAGGUGGACGAGUGGAUGA